GGUUAUAAAUGUCUCCUCGCAUUAUUUUUCUGGCAACAUUUCAAUCCGCCGUCCCCCUUUUUCCAAUUGCUAAACGUCAAAACCUCCUCAUCUCGACAAACUGUCAAGGUUUAGAUAGUUUUGACGUUUCAUAUUGCGGUCUCACUUCCAGUGAGAUAAGGGUUGUUCAUCUCAUUUUCUCUGAUAUAAGUGUAUCGUGUAUGGCCACUAUAAGGCAGACGGGAUAUAAUUUUUAAUGAGGUAUCCGCAUACUCUCGUGUACAAAUUUAACUGGACGACAUUAUUGUUAUAAAUAUCAUAAGCAAUAAGCCUACAUUAAUAUUAUGGACAUUUCCAAAAAAAAUAUUAAAAGAACUAGUUUCAGAGCCAAAUUCUUUGAAUUGAACUUUCUAUAGGCGGAGGUAUAUGACCAUUCGAUAGUUUUGAAACUAUAUAUAGUGGUGUGAAAUAUUAAACUAUCGAUAGCGACAUCGAUAGUAUGGCAGCUCUGCCCUGGAUACUCCAAGUUGAAGUUAUUAUUUAUUGAUCUCUGUGGGAGAGAAUUAUUAGCAGUUUUUAUAGUUAUAGAAAUCGCAUUAUUAUAAUUGAUUGGAUUUGUUUUCGGACCUCAUAUCUAAAUUGUUAUUUAUUAACGUUACAAGUUAUUGUAGGGAUACAAACUUAUUACAAAUCUGUUUGAGUUAGAACGGAAGCAUCAAAAGCUCUUUUGGGAACUCCUUAAUUUUGUAAAGAGAAAGUCUACUGAAUAAACACGCUCAUCAGAAAAAGUAACUGUAAGCUUGCACAACACAUAAGUCUGCAUAAUUGAAAAAAAGGUGGUCAAAAAUAUUUAAAUAACGAGAAUUAGAAGCCGAUUACAAUGCCUACAAAAGCCGAUCGUGUCAUUUCCACUUUUAAAACAAAUAUAUAUAGUGAUGAAUUUUUGGAAGAAAAAUGGAUUGCUAGUGGAAAUUUGGGUUCACGGGAUAGUGUACUUGUUUUUCGUUAUAGUCUUUUGACAUCAAAAUCAAAAGAUUCUAUUUCAUCUUCGAAAGAUGAAACUUCAAAUGUUCAUUCGAAAAGUGUUUGUUGUAACAAUUUCAUGUUAACAGAAGACGCUUCUGGAGCUAAGCCUUUUAGCAAGGGAUUACAUUCUAUAGACGUGAAAGAUAAAAAGAACAUAGCUCUGCAGAAACAUUUUACUAACCUGUUAAAUUCGGAUAUAUCUAAUUUCAACAGCGAAGUAUCUGAAAUUGAUAACAACGAAAGAGAAAUAUUAGCUACAGAUGAGUAUUCUGAACCUUACAUGGAGCGCGACAAUUCCAAUGAAACGUAUAAUGAUGUAAAUAAAAUAAGUGAGGAGGAUGACUACAAAGACACUGUGCACGAUCCUGGUAUGCCGGCUUAUAAAAUGAAAAUUAAAUAUAAGUUUAUGCAAACUGAAACUAAGCUUUUGAGAAAAAUUUUUGUUCGUCAUGGUCUGUCUGAAGUGAAAGAUGAUGAGAAUUUUAGCAUUCUUUGGACAGGAAUACAUAUAAAACCUGAUAUUCUAAGAAAUCUAGCGCCUUAUCAACGUGUUAAUCACUUUCCCAGGUCUUAUGAAUUAACACGUAAAGAUCGUUUGUACAAAAAUAUUGAGAAAAUGCAACAUCUGCGUGGUAUUAAAAAUUUUGAUAUUGUACCGCAGUCUUUCAUUUUGCCAAUUGAAUAUAAGGAAUUAGUCUCAGCUCAUAAUAAAAAUCGCGGUCCGUGGAUUGUAAAACCAGCUGCUUCUAGUCGCGGACGUGGUAUUUUUAUUGUCAAUACACCAGAUCAAAUACCGCAAGAUGAACAAGUUCUCGUUUGCAAAUACAUUAAUGAUCCCUUAUGUAUCGAUGGUCACAAAUGCGAUCUCCGUGUUUAUGUACUUGUAACGUCAUUUGAUCCAUUAAUUAUUUAUAUUUAUGAAGAAGGCUUAGUUAGACUAGCCACUGUAAAAUAUGAUCGUGCUACUGAAAAUCUAUGGAAUCCGUGUAUGCACCUUUGUAAUUACAGCAUCAAUAAAUAUCAUUCGGAUUACAUUAAAUCGAGGGAUGCUGAAAUAGAAGAUGUUGGCCAUAAAUGGACUCUUUCCGCCUUACUGCGACACUUAAAAUCACAAGGUUGUAAUACUCAUGAAUUAAUGGCGAACAUUGAAGAUUUGAUCAUAAAAUCUAUAUUUUCGUGUGCUCAAACCAUUAUAUCAGCAUGUCGCAUGUUUGUUCCAAGUGGUAGCAAUUGUUUUGAACUGUAUGGAUUUGAUAUAUUAAUUGAUAAUAGUCUUAAACCUUGGCUUUUAGAAGUUAACUUAUCUCCAUCUAUGGGUGUUGAUAGCCCACUGGACUCUAAAGUAAAAGCUUGUCUUAUUACGGAUCUCCUAACAUGUGUUGGUAUUCCAGCAUAUUCUACUGAGAUGCGAGCGCAGUACGACAACAAAUGGACGCGGUUUCGCAAUAUAAACUGUUCUAGACGAAUUACAUCUGCAGAUCAAAAUGUAAGCGGCAAUGGUAACGGCAUUCGUCGUUUAGCAAGCACCAUCCCAAUACAACAAACGCUUACGUUGGAAGAACAACGAAUUAUUAGGAAUGCCCGAUUGCAAUAUGAUAGACGAGGUGGCUUCGUCCGCAUUUUCCCAACAGAAGAAAGCAUGCAACGUUAUGGAAACUUUCUUGACAAUUCUACAGGAAUACCAAUAUCCACUCCGAUCGCACAAGGGCAAAUUCCAUACUCAAUGAUCCUACCCCACAAUUAUAACCAAGUUUUAUUCAACUGUUUAUAUGCGAAUGCAAAAGAUAAAAAAGAAAGUAAUUCACUUUUACAAAGAAUGUGCCAAUAUGAACGUACCCUAGCAGUUGGAUCUUUAGUGUUAUUUAGUGGUACAAAUCGUAAAUCAAAAUCUGUGGAGGAAGGACAACGUUUACGCAAUCAAAUUAUAAAACUAAUUAAUAAUGGCUCGGAACUAACUCAACUGCAAGCUCGACAGGCAUUCGCAUUAUACUUGGAAGCAAUUUUACAUCGAAUCACUCAGGAGCCAAGAGAUUUCCAUGAAAAGAUAAUUUUAAAGUUUUUAAAUAGAUUAGGUGGUACUGUUAAAACACUGGCAGUAUUUAAUCAUAAUCCGCACAAUUCCCGUGGUAAUAGUAAAGCCAGAACAGCUAUGGUCGCAAAACAGUUGGGAGAUUUUCUUGAGCAAUAUACUCGAGACACAGAGGCUUAUGUGGAUUCGUUUGAUCAUUUCGGUAUGAUACCUAGUGGUUUAUUCGGCGAUUUUUUGGCUCAAUCCCAAGAGGCCGAUUUGGAGGCUGUCCUUGCACUUCAUACGAAUGUUACUGGGAAUAUGCCGUAUUUAUACAACAGGUUUGGAUUAUCAGUGCCUCAAACCCCUCCUAUACCUUCUGGAUUACAUGGGUUUCUAAGAGCUUUGCCAGCUAUGGUGCUAACUGGGUCCGUCGCCAGAGACUUUAAUAAAUUUGACGGAUAUUAUAAAAACAACGACAAGAAUAUCAUAAGAAAUUAGGAUUUUCCUGAUGAGAAAGUAUCAUAAUAGUUAAUAAAAUGCUUUUAACAAUUAAGUAAACAGUAUCGGUUGAUUCAUCAUCAUAAUGUUCGUCAUAAAUAAUAUUAAUUUUACACAAAAGCUCCAAAUUUGAAUCUAAAAUUUAAAAUAGUAAAACUUUAAAUUAACCGUCGUUUGUAAUUCUAAAAAUUUACUGUAGCUUUUCCAAACUUAUUAUGUGAUGCAUUUUUAAUAUAUCUUAAUAUAACUAAAUUAAAUUCCUAUAAAUGUAAAGCUUAAAUGUCAUUUAUGAAAUAUAUUUUAUCUCAAAUUUAA